UAUAAUAUAUCGGUUCCAUUCAGUUUCUCCAUUUUAUUGUGUUUUUCGAGAUUCUCAAAUUUCAUACACUUGGAGGAAAAUGAUUAGAGAGCAACUCAAGGGCUCAAACGUUAUGGCGCUAAACGAAAAUCAAAAGCUAUUUCUCUCCCUAAUUAACGAAUACGCGGCCGAAAAAUCGCAAGGAGAGCAAAGCGUUGUUGUUUUGAAGAAGAGAACGGAAGAACUGCGAUCUGAGCUGGAAGUGGCUAAUGUGGAGCUCGAAAAUGUCAAGCGCGUCAAAGAAACCACUGAACAAGAGCUUAAAGGCUGUGAAGUCGAAUUGUCUCUGAAUGAGACUGCAAUUCAGACUCUCGAAGCAAGAAUCUCCGUGCUGCAAGGUGAAAUUGCAUCUGUUGGAUCUGAGUUAGACUCUCUGAAGGUUGAAGGAGGAGCCACGAGGGACCAGUUUAUCAAUCACCUUUUAGACCUUAAUAAAAAAAUCAGGAAAUUUCAAGAUCAACUGUCCAGAAAAAAUGCUAUAGAGUCUGUUGGAAAUGCUACAGAAGGAUCCCAUGAACUGGAGGGAGAUAAUACCACAACUUCUUCCCAAUCUAUUGAGGAAAGGCUUAUCAAAGUAAUGACUCAAUUAGCCAACGAAGAAGAAGAAUUCCUAUCAGCAGAACAAAUUCAAAGUCAGAAUCGGCAAACGUUGAUAAAUCUGGAGAAAAGGAAGGCUGUGAUGGUGAUGAUGGUGAAAGGAACAAAAGAAUUGGAAGAUUUGACUAAGCAGACUUCUGGACUGGAAAUGUCAUAUGGUCGUCUCAGCGAGGAAUUGCUGAAAAGUUGUAUCUGCCCUCAAUGUUUCCAAGACAAUACGGAGGCUUUGGACAACAUUCCUCAGGGGAAUUAAUCCAAAAGUCUAGGCCUUCAUUUAAGGUUUCAGAGGGAACAAAGAGUAAAUUAUUUGGCAUUCUUUAAGCUCUCUAUCUUUUUCUCUGUUUUUUCUUCUGUCUCUGGGAAAUUAUUUCAUCUCUCUCUCUCUCCCUCUCUCCCUCUCUGUGAAUUCUGUUUUUCCUUCUCUCUUGGAAAUUAAUUCAAAACAGAAGGAUCCACACUCUACCCUAUGAUUUCAUCUCAUCGAGUUCAUAGAGAGAGAUUACACUUUCUGUUUCUGUCUGUUUGUUUUCCAAUUUCUUGGAAAUUAAUUGAAAACUGAAGGACUUCAUGGACUCUGUACUCAAGAAUCCUAUAUGCUUUUAGAGUAUAGUACCAUGCUUUUAGAGCUAUCAAGGACUUCAUAAACCCUAAACCCUAGGGCUUCAUAAGCUUUUAGAGAGGGAGAGAGAAUAGAGUAAAAUGUGUGUUAGAUGAU